AUACUGGUGCGAAAACGUAUUAUUGCGUGCUCCUGCUGAACUUCUGAUUUUGUGCGAUUUUCAAAUGAAGAUUGGUUCAUUUUCAGUUUAAUCGCUGGUGAAUGAUAUAAAGUCCAGCAUUGGGAUCAUAUUUGCUCCUUCGCAACACAUUCUUCUUGGUCUCAUCAUUUCUCUAAUGGAAUUUCAGGCUGUUGUAGAAAAGAAGGGUGACGCAAUACCAACGUUGAUAUUUUGGUUUUUAUUCGAAUCUCUGACGUGCUGGAAGGGACAGUGCCUGGAAAAUGCGAGUAUUUCCUUAGCGGAACAAGUUUAUGAAUAUCCUUGGUAUGAUUUGGAUCCCACGGCCAUGAGCAUUUUCAAAAUAUUCUACAAACAAGUUCAAGUUACAUUACAAUUAAAAUGUCCCCCAAUUAUAACCAUCAAUUUCGCCUAUUUCUACGAGGUGAUGAAAGGAUCAUAUUCGGUGCUGAUGUAUUUACAGAAAAUGUAUUGAGGAUCGACUCUUGGCUUUGAAAUAUGUACACAAAUUCAUGAAAGAGCACGUCUAGAUAAUUAAA